CUUAGAUUGCAUGUUACUGCACCCAUACUCCUUCCCUUCUACUGCUUCAUUCUUUCUAAGUGUGUCAGACUUCAUCAGACAAGGAACUAAGAAGGAAAAGAAUGGCACGUAAUCUGCUGAAGUAUGGCUCGCGCCUCUUCACGUCAAGUGAUGAUACCGGAGUGAUGAAGCACGUUGAGGACAGUCACAAGCCCGACGGCCGGAGUUUCGACGUCAAGCCUGUGCUCGCCGUUGUCGAGCAGAUCUUCGACCUUACUGCUCCUGCUUCCAUUACUACUCGGAUUGUGCCAGCAGCAGAGGAUGUGACUGAUGUCUCAACUGGGGUUGAUGCUCUGGACUCAUUGGGUUGCACCAUCCACAAGAUUGCUUGUGAGAUAACUUGUAGGUGCUCUGGCAAUGGGGAUGGACAUGAAACAACAAUGGUGCUCCUCAAGGGCCCACUCAGCCACUAUGAGUGGGAUGCAAAGGCGGUGCUAGUGCUGGCCGCUUUUGCCAUGACCUAUGGUGAGUUUUGGCUCACCAGCCAGCUUCACGCAGUGAACAAUCCCUUGGCCAAGUCAGUGGCAGUCCUCAAGCAGCUGCCGGAGCUGUUGGAGCACGUUGACACCCUGAAGCCGCGGUUCGAUGCCCUGAACAACCUGUUCGCGGAGCUGCUGGCCCUUACCAGGUGCAUCAUAGAGUUCAGUGACAUGCCCAAGGACUACAUCUCCAUGGACACGCCAACCCUGAAGACAGCCCAGGCUUACAUCCCAACCGCUGUCUACUGGAUCGUCAAGAGUGUAAUCACCUCUUCUUCACAGGUCAUUGGGCUCAUUUGCAUGGGUCAUGAGUACCUUGCUUCAGCCUCAGAGGCUUGGGAGCUCUCUAACUUGGCUCAUAAGGUGAAGAACAUACACGACCACCUAAGGAAUCUACUGAAAAAAUGCCUUGAUCUCAUAGAUGAGAAGAGGCAGGAAGAAUCUUACCAUCUGCUUGAACGUACCUUCCAAACACCACAUCUUGAUAACAUGAGGCUCCUAAGGUUAAUGUUCCCUUCACAAGAUGACUGCCCCCUCAUUCUGCGCGAUCCUUCAAAAAAGGUAAAUAUCGAUGUGUUGCACAGAAAGAUGGUGGUACUCUUGAUCUCGGAGUUACAAAUCAAGCAGGAAGAGCUCUCAUUUCUUGAGAAAAUCUAUCGAGAUACCCAUGGCCAUGGGUAUGUCCCUGCAUAUGAGCUUGUAUGGGUUCCUAUUGUGGACCAUGUUGUGCCACAGUCCUCGAUCACCAAGCCAGGCGCCAUCAAGCUGACAAGCGACGAAGACAAGGUUCUGCUAGCCCUGGCAGCUAAAAUGCCAUGGUACACUACAUACCCACAUCCACACCAUAACUCAGCAUUUGUCAGAUACAUUAAAAAGGAGUGGCACUUUGUCAAAAAUAAGCCUAUUUUGGUGGUCUUAGAUGCACAAGGGAAACUUGCAAACCGAAAUGCUUUGUAUAUGGUUUAUAUCUGGGCCACUGUUGCCUUCCCCUUUUAUAGCUCAAGGGAAGAAACACUUUGGAAAGCUGAAACGUGGAAGUUCGAGCUGGUGGUGGGAUACUUGGACAACAAAUUGUCUCGUUCGAUAAGUGAAGGCAAGUUAGUUUGCCUAUAUGGAGGAGAAAGCAUUGACUGGAUCAGGUACUUCACAAAGGAGAUGGAAAAAAUCAUGAAGGCAGCAUCAAUUAACGUGGAGAUGGUAUAUGUAGGAAAGAACCACCCAAAUUUCCCAGUCAAGAAGAACAUUGAAGCGAUCAAGAAAGAGAAACUGAGCGGGACAUGGGACUUCGACACAAUUUGGCUCUUUUGGACAAGGCUGGAGAGCAUGAUGCACUCCAAGCUGCAGAGUGACAGGAGCACAGAGACCGACCAGAUACUUCAGGAGGUGAUCACACUACUCACCUAUGGGAACAGCAACUAUGGUUGGGCUAUGGUAAGCAAGGGCUCUCUUGAGAUGGUGAAGGCUGAAGGCAAGGUGCUCAUUAACCUCUUGGACAACUUUGAUUCAUGGAAGGACAAGAUUGGCACUGAUGGAUUCGACAAAGCAUUCCAAAGUGGCCUCGUUCCUCUCCAAUCUGCGGAUCACUGUGUUAGACUUGUGCUCCCCAGCACCAGUCCUGUGCACAAAGUGUCGUGCCCCGAGUGCAGGAAGAUCAUGGAGAGGUACCUUCUUUUCCAAUGCUGCGAUACCCAAGAUGAUUCGCGGGGCUCGGAAGAAGAUGCUGCGGCUACUGCAGUUGCAGGUCUACCUACAGCAGCAGCUACUCAAGCUGCAACUUUGCCUUCGACUGUUCCUGCCCAAGUUGUAGCUGCUUCUCCACCAAGUGCCGGUGUCGUUACUGCCCAAGCUACAGCUGCGUCUCCAGCAGGUGCUGCAACUUUUCCUCCAACUAUUCCUGCCCAAGCUACAGUUGUGUCCCCACCAAGUGCUGGUGUCGUUGCAGCGCAAGCGACAGAUGCGUCUCCAGCAGGUGCUGGUCAAUUUGUAGCCGACCUCUUUGCCAAGUCGCAGCCCCCACGACCCUGAUUAGCUAGCUCCAAACUGACAUCCAGUGAACAGUUCUCUACUAAAUAAGAAUCUGUAAAACAAGUUUUUCGAUUGGGAGCGUCGACAUGCUUUGAGUGCUUCUAGGUUGCAUGUCCUUUUGAUGCAGUAGUCCAGGUUCCCUUUAAUGGAACCUGAAAGUAGCUCUGUCAGUGUGCUAGUUGUUAGAUGUGACAAGAACGACGAAAUAAAAUCGCUUUACCGUGAA